AUGGAGGGUAUAGAGAACAUUGAGUCAGUACAAGAAGUGGAUGAAUCAGAAGAUAGUGUUGAUAGUGAGCAAGAGGAAUCUAAUGAUGAAAAAAUGGAGGAAGAUAGCAUAAAAAUAUUAAACAAUAAGAAACAAGAUCUUGCAAAUCCACAACAGAAAGAAUCGUCUUCUCAGGAAAAAAAAAUGAUUAAAGAUCCUGAACCAAUACCAUUAUUGUCACGCCCGAAUGCUGCAAAUCAGUUUCGUGAUUAUUAUAUGUCACAAAUUACCAAGGCUUUUGGUGAAGAUUUAGAUAGAAUUCGAAAGGACCAAAAUCUUGAUUCCAAUCGAUUAGAAAUAUUAAUUAACUCAUUAGAAUCUGGUAUUAGUGUUUUUUCGGACGUUGAAAAAGAAUUGGCUUUAUUAUCUCAUAAUAAUAAAUGA